ACGGUCCUUCUCUCUCCGCUCCCCUCUCGCGCGCCCGUGCACAGACACCGCGGCCUCUCAAUCACAACAGAAUGGAGCGCGAGCGUGACGCCACGGAUGCACGAGCCGGGCGCAGACCAAUUGCGUGUGAGCAGCUGGACGCCGCUGUCCGUGAAACCGCCAACCUUCUAACCGGAGCUGUGAGGAGCUUCAGCAGAAACACACCGAGAGAGAAACUGAACGAGUUCCUCUGAGAGCAGCUCUCUUUCCUGAACCCUUUUAACGGCGCUUUACCGCAUGAGAUCUUCAUCAUCUUCACACUUCUUCACCUGAGGCAGGACGGAUGGAGGCUCGGACCGACUCCUGGUGAUUCAUCCUCAUGCCGCAGCUAUGAGUAACACGCACCCCAACACCUCUACUUUAAUCCCGGAUGUGCAGGAGGUGAGGAACGUGAGCGUGGAUCUGCUGCCUCUCAAUCCCUGGGAUGUGGUACUGUGUGUGAUGGGAACCCUGGUGUGCUGUGAGAAUGCCUUGGUGCUCGCUCUGAUAGCUCACACUCCCUCCCUGCGAGCGCCGAUGUUUGCGCUUGUGGCCAGCUUGGCGUUUGCUGACCUGCUGGCCGGUCUGAGUUUGAUCCUGAACUUUAUCGUCAUCUACAUGACAGACACUGACUUUGUGAUGUUGCUGUCAGCUGGCCUGCUUAUCACUGCCUUCUCAGCCUCGGUGCUGAAUGUUCUGGCCAUCACAGUGGACCGUUACCUGUCUCUGUAUAGCGCUCUUACAUACCACACAGAGCGUGCUGUCACCUUCACCUACGUGAUAAUGAUGCUAGUUUGGUCUACCAGUGCUGCCCUCGGUGCGUUGCCCGUGCUUGGCUGGAACUGUCUGCGUGAUGAAGCGACAUGCAGCAUUUGUCGUCCUGUGCACAAGAGCAACGCGGCCGCGCUCGCUGUCUCCUUCCUCCUCGUCUUCGCUCUCAUUCUUCAGCUGUACCUCCAGAUCUGUAAAAUUGCCGUGCGUCACGCGCAGCAGAUUGCCGUACAGCGGCACUUCAGGGCCGCCUCACAUGCAGCUUCUGCAGCCAAAGGCAUCUCCACGCUGUCAGGUAUCCUGGGCACAUUUGCGCUCUGCUGGGUUCCACUUGCCUUGUACUCACUGGUGGCUGAUACAUAUUACCCAGCAGCCUACACGUACGCCACUGCUUUUCCAGCCAUCUGCAGUUCCAUCAUAAACCCCAUCAUCUACGCCUUCAGAAACCCGGACAUCCAGAGGUCACUGAGGCUCAUUUGUUGUGGAUGUUCGCCGUAUGGCUUUACAAUGCGACCACGGACACCUAGUGAUGUGUAACAAUUUUCUAAAUGCAAAAAUCAUCUUAAAAAAUAUCUGUCUGUAGCUUCUGUGGCAUGUGUGAUUACCAGAAACAAGGAUUUCAACAGAUUCCCUGCAAAGGAAAAACCUGAAACUUCCAAAUAAAGGAAGCUCUCCACAGUUUCUGGUGAAUACAACAAACAUUUCUGUAUUUUGGAUGAAUUUCUCAGCCGAAGCUCUGAUCUGUUCUUUCAGAGGGAAGAAUAAGUGCCUCUGUGUAGUGUGGGUCUGGUCAUGCACAGAUAUGACAAAUCCUUAGGUUAUUACUGUAUUGUUUGUCUUGAAGAAGUUCAGGAAGAAGUUCAGGAGAAUCCCAAGGCUUUGAUUCUCCGUGAAGUUGGCGUAGAGAUUUUCUCCUCUUCCCUCAGUGCAGGUGAAACUCCAGUCGUUGGUAAUCGCACAGACACACAGACGCUACAGCCGACAGACAGAAGUUUGACUUUAACAUGCAGAGAGUGUCCACAUUUCGUAAUGUUCAUGUGUAUGGAAGUUGUGUGUUGUGCGUGUAAUGAUCUUUAAAUCAUGGUCUGCUAGUUCACAUUGGUGUGGUUAAUGUCUUUAAUCAAAAUCUCAUAGUUAGAGUUUAUAUAUGAAAGAAAUGAUGCUGACACCCAUUUAAUCAACACUUGUCUAAACACCAAACUCAAAUGUAGCACGAAUCCUUUGUGGUCAGUCACCUUUAAGCACUGUGAAAUGCCUACAGGCUUCCAGACUAUCACCAGAACUGAUGGACAGCAGAGAACAUCAAUGUUCACUGCAUCCCUGGCAAUAUCUUUAGAAAUUGGCUUAUUCACUUGAAACUCAGGUUGAGAGACAGUCGUGAGGGUGAAAUGCUGCCAGUUCCUGAUGGCACCUGCUUAAGGUGUUUAUAGAGCACAGCUUGGUCAUUUUUCUGACGAACCUGUUCAGGAAAUAUCAACAGAGAAAUCCUCAAACUGUGCUAAGUCAUUUCAUUGUUAAAACCAAACAACUGUGGCGUCAGUAACUGCUUACACGACAGAGACAAUCACCAAAACCUGAACUCUGAAGGAGAAAUAGAUUUACCUGGUGUUAACUAAAUAAUUUAAAUAUUUGUUCGAUGUCAACUGAGCUGAAGCAAAUCUGAUCAAUUUUAUUUAUUUCACAAAAUAAAUAAAUUGUGUUCUGUGUUAAUCGUCACAGAAUGUGAGAGCAGGUGAGAUGGAGGGAAGGGGCGUGGCUUCCAGACCGGAUCAUCUGUUGUUUUAUUGGUUAAUAACAUGCUGAUCCUCUGGAGUGUUAAUGAGUAAAAAUCAUAUUCGUGUAAUCCUCAUGGAUGUUUAAUAUCACACAUGCCUCGUCUACAGCACUGCUUUUUUAUCCCAGUGCUUCUCGCUCCCGCAGGUUUGGAUGCACACCCCUACAACAGAGCCCUGAUUAUGUUCUCGUACUGACGACCGUCACUGAAACUCAUCCUGUGCUAUGAAGGCAUUGCAAUAGGAAGCACCUACACAGCAAAAAACCUCAAGUGCUUAAGUUCACUCCACAGUGUUCACUCAACACUUCCAUGGACAAUAAACACUGUUUGUAAUGUUCCUGUGAGGUGUCAGAGUUACACGUAGGCAGCGUGUUCAUUGGUGCAGCUUCAUAUCUUAGUUACUGCAUCUCUUGCUAGUAUUCACAAGUUACAUCGAUGUUUUUGAAUGAAAAAUGAUAUAGAAAAUAAGCCCAGAAGUUAUGGGGAAUUAGUUAUAAGAAAAUCCCCCAUGAGAAUGAAGCGCUGAUGCUGAAGACUCUUAAAUAAGUUCAAUAAAUGACUGCUAAAUAGUUUCAUAAUUAAUUAAGAACACUUUUCUGUAAUCUUAACGUUAAUCAAUACUAGAUUCAGAGUACAGAACAACGGAUUUCUGUAAAUCCACAGUUUGAACAGAAUGAUAUGGAGGUUUCAUGUCCCUGUGAAUGAACUGUUACUAUAGAAACCAUAACAUUGGGAUAAGUUCAUUAGUAUAAACCUGUGAUUGAUUAAUAUACAGCAUUAUGGUGUAAAUGGUUUCAUCACUCAGCCAUUUAUAUUCUAAAAGUUAAAGAUAAAAAGCAGACGUGUAUUUAGUGUCCUUCACUAACCUCAAGCUAACAUAUAAAACUAGUCUCAUGACCACAGAUUCAAGUUUUCUCAUCUGAGUUUCACAUGAUGUCAGCGUGGAGAAUAGAAAGAAAUCUCAGAUUCAUUUUGCCUUACCCGUGUUCUCAUUGGCAAUAAUGUUCUGUACUGUGUCUAUUAAAAACAAACAAUGCAUAAUGAAGUAAUAAUAUUCUUUUGUAAAACUAUUAGAGGCAAAUAAACCUGCUGCCUGCUUGUUAACAUGUCUGUGAUAAGUAGCUUGCUGGGCUGUAAGGUGUGACUGAGCCCUUAGAGAUCUCUGACAGUAUCUCAAUAUUGUGCACUGAAACUUUAGCUCAUGGUUUGUGUGUGUGUGUGUGUGUGUGUGUGUGUGUGUGUGUGUGUGUGUGUGUGUGUGUGUGUGUGUGUGUGUGUGUGUGUGUGUGUGUGU